CAAGCACAGGCGCAGGUCCGUGGUGGACAUCGACAUCUCAACUCCAAGACCUCAGAUGAACUGGUCGGCGCACCUUUCGACGGCACUUCCAUCCUGAAUCAUUUCGAAGCCACAAAGACGCACGCCUACCAGGCUCAUUUCUCGAACCGGCGACCAGCGCCUCCCCCGCUUGCCCACGCCCAAACCAGUCCCAAUCCCAACCUGCGCCAGUCGGCCAGCUUCACUCGUGACUCACCGGCCGUCAUGUCGCUCUCGGAAAAGGCCCAGCAGGGUGCGCAGAGCCAACUCAACGGGCCCAAGAGAUAUUCAGAUGAGACAAAGGAGCCGAGGGCUGGUGUCUUGAGGAAAAAGUCUGGCUUUUCGGGAUUGAUGAGCACGCUGGUGGGGUCGCCGAAGAAACCCAUCAUAUCGGCGCCAGAGAAUCCUGUUCACGUUACGCAUGUCGGUUACGAUAGCUCGACCGGCCAGUUCACAGUAUGUUGUUUGAUUUCCUUUGUUCAAGCUUUCGUUCUUGUCUCGUCCCCCCGCAUUACGUUAGAUGUCCAGUGAGACCAUCACACGGUCUGGUGUGCGUCUGUCUUUGGUCUGUCUGUGGCCAUCCAUCCGCAUUACAGCAAGACAGACGUCCUCUGCCCCACCACUGCCUUCAUUUACAUUGCAUUACCCUGCCUU